UACAAAAACUGAAAUUGACAAACGCUCUCUUGUGUGGAAACUUUGUCACGACGACCGUAUCGCCACAAAUCGACAGGCGGGGAGCAUGCAUCGCGACGGAAUGACGGAGAAGGACUAAGUAAGCGCGAACAGGCAACGAUGGUUCGCCUGAGGCGACAUUUUUCCGUGUAAAAUGCAGUUUGUGUUGUAGUUGACUAGCGCGCCGCGCACUCGCCCGUUCAGCGUCCCUCAACUCGCCCGCGCGUCAUGGAUGAAUAUGAGGAUCCGGGGCGCAGAGCGAGCAAACUGAUGGAAAACCUCUCCAUUUAUGACGUUUAUCAGGACGGGAUAUACGGGGAGCCGAACCCCGACAUGGAGAAAACUAAACGAAUGAAUGGCAGCUCCUCCACGCCCGGGAACAAAGUCUACGGCGCGGCUUCCGUGCGCUCCGUCAACGGGAACCGACCCUCAGUGCCUCUGGAUUUCUGUUCUCCGCAAAGGGAAGCGGUCUAUCCCGAUCCCGACGCGUACUGCACCAAAUCUGAAGUUGCCUUGCCGUGUUACAGCGGCGCGUCGGAGCGUCUCAGGAGAUACACGCACGCAGAGGUGCAGGCGCACCGGUACAGCGCCGGAUGCGCCUACGACGGGCUCAUUCUGGGGAAACAGGUGCCCGUUCCUGGUGCGAGGAGCAACAGCUUAUGCGUGGCCAAUCCUGAUGGCAGGUACCCGGCCACGAGCCCCCGGUCCAGUCUGGCUUCGUCCCACUCAUCGCAAGACCAGAGCAAACACACCAGCCCGAGGUCGAGCAUCAGCAGCCCGCGGUCCAGCCUGGUGUCACCCGGACAGGAGAAGUACUGCGAGGGGAACAGCGUGAUCAGCCCCCGGUCGAGUUACGCCAGCACGGCCAGCGACACCAGCAAACACUCCAGCCCCAGAACCAGCCUCAACAGCUACGACUGCGGGAGCAAACCGAGCAGUAACCGAACCAGCGGCAUCAGCAUGGGCUACGACCAGCGGCACAUCAGCCCCCGGUCGAGCACCACGAGCCCGCGCUCCAGCUACUCCGACUCGCGCUUCACGCCCGCGGGGAACCACGAGCCGGAGAGCGGCGCGGUGCACGGCGUCCCCGUGACCAGCCCCCGGUCCAGCAUCUGCUGCCAGGACGCACGACCCGCAGGGGUGGCCAACUGCGUGGUCAGUCCCCGCUCGAGCAUCUCCAGCCACAGCUCCAGGAGCUCUCGGAGCUCCCGGGGAUCCAUGAGCGCGUAUCCCGAGCUCCAGCUCCCCAUGUUGGGACCCGGUUUGCCGGAGGACGCGCUGCUGCAGGACUUCACGGAGCCAAACGGCCUCCACAACAACCGCGUCCACCUCCAAACUUUUCCCGUGCUGGAGGAGCCGCAGCAGCAGAAUUCAGACGUCAACAUCGCGUUUAACUACGGGAAGAUGGGCACCGGGGCGCAGCGCUUAAAGCUGCCGUACCAGAUCACUCCAUCCCAGGACAGCGGCCCCAGUCAGGCGGAGCGGCGCCUGGAGGCCCUCACCCUGGAGCUGGAGAAAGAGCUCGAAAUGCACAUGAAAAAGGAAUAUUUUGGUAUCUGUGUAAAGUGUGGUAAAGGUGUGUAUGGAGCGAGUCAAGCGUGUCAGGCGAUGGGGAACCUGUAUCAUACGAACUGCUUCACCUGCUGCUCCUGCGGACGGAGGCUACGAGGAAAGGCUUUCUAUAAUAUUAAUGGAAAAGUUUACUGUGAGGAAGACUUCCUGUAUUCCGGGUUCCAGCAGACGGCAGAGAAAUGCUUUGUGUGCGGUCACCUCAUCAUGGAGAUGAUCCUGCAGGCUCUGGGUAAGUCGUAUCACCCAGGCUGUUUCCGCUGUGUGGUUUGUAAGGAGGGUCUGGACGGUGUUCCUUUCACCGUGGAUGUGGAGAACAACAUCUACUGUGUGAAAGACUACCACACGGUUUUUGCUCCUAAAUGUGCCUCGUGUAACCAGCCCAUCCUCCCAGUGCAGGGUUCAGAGGAGACCAUACGGGUGGUGUCCAUGGACAAAGAUUACCAUGUGGAAUGCUAUCACUGUGAGGAUUGCGGUCUGCAGUUGAAUGAUGAAGAGGGGCAUCGCUGUUACCCGCUGGAUGGGCACCUGCUGUGCCACCGAUGCCACCUGCACCGGUUAAAAACCCCUCUACCGACCCACCCGCCCCCGAGUUACCCGCUCCACGUCACUGAACUGUGAAAACACAGACUCACGCUGAACAUGAAUGACGAGCGAGAGGAAUUAAAGACCCCUAAACAGUAAACAGGGGUUCGGUCGUGCCUGUAUUUCCACUAGUUUGGGGUUUAUCUGACCAACCGGGGAGGCUUUUAUUACUUUGAUCCCUCAUCACGGUAUGGAGGGUUUUGGGCUCUGUUUGGGGUCUUCAGCACUGCCGCAGGGGAGCGCAGGGCGACCUGUGCCUGCUUUUCCUCCCGAACGCCAAACAACAGCACUGAACACACAGACUGAGAUACGACUUCCUCCUGUGCCUUCUUCGGAAAUCCUGCGUCGAACAGGCCGUCACUGCCUUCAAGACGCACCAUUUCUGUCUUGUGCCAGAUAUUUGUGCCAAGCAGCCGGGGGUCUUUAAAGGGACAGUUCAUCUAAUUAUAAUGAGCAUUUACUCACCUUCAUGUCAUUCUAAACCCGUAUGAGCUUUUCUUUCGUGGAAGACAUUUAGUAAAAUUACUAAAACUGUUGCAUGCAUAGGUAAGUUU